AGAAUAAUACUGUGUGUUCUCUGCUCUGAGAGACCAGACAGACUGACACAAUGGGCUGUGAGAGACGGCUGUUCCUGACUGCUGCUCUGCUGGCUGUCUUUUUAUACAGUGAUGCUAUCACCGGUGGACGAGAGGCGGAGGCCCACUCCCGUCCGUACAUGGCCUCACUGCAGGUCGCCGACGGAGGCAGGAUGAAACAUGAGUGCGGAGGGUUUCUGGUGGCCGAUCAGUGGGUGAUGAGCGCCGCACACUGCUUUCUCUCUGGGUCAGAAGGGAGGAAGGUGGUCCUAGGAGCUCACUCUCUGAGCGAACCGGAGGAUUCUAAACAAACCUUUGACAUUGUUCAAGUGUUCAGUCACCCUGAUUUCAGCACCUCUAACUAUGAUAAUGACAUUGCUUUGGUCAAGCUGGACCGGCCAAUCAUUGCCAGUGAUGCAGUAAAGUCCCUGAAGUUCCAGACUGACGAUGGGGCUGACCCCGCCACGGAACAGGAGGUCAACACGGCGGGGUGGGGGUCACUGAACAACCUGGGGUCACGUCCUGACAAGCUACAGGAACUGGUCAUCGCUGUGAUGAACCGUGUUCGAUGUGGCCGCAGUGACUACUAUGGCAGGAAGUUCACCAAAAACAUGCUGUGUGCGGCCAGCAAACAGAGUGACACCUGUGAUGGUGAUUCUGGAGGUCCUCUCCUGUAUAAUGGUGUAGCAGUUGGGAUCACUUCAAAUGGAGGGAAGAAGUGUGGAUCCAGCAAGAAGCCUGGAUUAUACACAACCAUCUCCCACUACAGCCAGUGGAUAGACAAGACCAUGACUCAAUAGAAGCCUGGUUUAUACACCCCCAUCUCCCACUACAGCCAGUGGAUAGACAAGACCAUGACUCAAUCCUGGUUUAUACACCACCAUCUCCCACUACAGCCAGUGGAUCACAAGACCAUGACUCAAUAGAAGCCUGGUUUAUACACAACCAUCUCCCACUACAGCCAGUGGAUAGACAAGACCAUGACUCAAUAGAAGCCUGGUUUAUACACCCCCAUCUCCCACUACAGCCAGUGGAUAGACAAGACCAUGACUCAAUAGAAGCCUGGUUUAUACACCCCCAUCUCCCACUACAGCCAGUGGAUAGACAAGACCAUGACUCAAUAGAAGCCUGGUUUAUACACCACCAUCUCCCACUACAGCCAGUGGAUAGACAAGACCAUGACUCAAUAGAAGCCUGGUUUAUACACCCCCAUCUCCCACUACAGCCAGUGGAUAGACGGGACCAAUAGAAGAAUGUUGUGUCCCAAAUAUAUUCCAUAUGUAGUGCACUAAGGCCUCAUAGGACCAUGGCUUAGUAACAUAGUAAAACAAUAUUAAUUAUAUUAUACCACUUUAUGAAACAUAUAAUCAUUCCUUAUGUAAAAAUCACCCAAAUAAACCAUACACAUGAA